AUGAAUUGGGAUGCUCUAAUAAACAUCAAACCUUUAAUAGGUUCCAAGAGCAGAUGUGUUGUUCUGGAUUGGCCAAAGAGGGCUGCUAUCUGCUGUGGUACAGCUUAUGGUCUUGAAUUUCUUCAUGAAGAGGCUCAACCAAGCAUUGUUCACAGAGAUAUCAAGGCUAGCAACAUACUGCUUGAUGGGAACUUUAAUCCUAAAAUAGGGGAUUUUGGCCUCGCAAAGCUUUUUCCUGACAAUGUCACUCAUGUUAGUACUCGAGUGGCAGGAACGGUGGGAUAUCUAGCACCAGAAUAUGCACUUCUAGGACAACUUACAAAGAAGGCUGAUGUGUACAGUUUCGGGAUUCUCAUGCUUGAAAUAAUCAGUGGUAAAAGUAGCAGUAAAGCUGCAUUUGGAGAUAAUCUCUUGGUUCUAGUGGAAUGGGCUUGGAAGCUGAGAGAAGAAGGCAGGCUUCUGGAUAUUGUAGAUCCCGAACUAACUGCAUACGAUAAGACGCAGGUGUUGCGUUUCAUUAAGGUUGCUCUGUUCUGUACCCAAGCAUCCGCACAACACAGGCCCACCAUGAAGCAAGUAAUAAAAAUGCUCACCAAGGAUGUGCAUUUGAAUGAGAAGGCACUGACCGAACCUGGAGUUUAUAGGUGGAAUAGCUCGAAAGAGUAUGGCAAUUAUUCGUUAAAUGGGACAUCGUCUUCUCAAAUAAACAAGUACAGAAGUUCCAAAAAUCCCUACAUGACAUCAAGCCAUUAUAGUGGUGCUGAUUUGGAUACACAGAUUCUUCCUAGGUGAUUGAUUGUUUGCUUCAUAUUGAAGGAUGUUUGGUGGGCACCAUUGCAUGUAGCCUGUAAAUAUUUUACUUUAUUACUCUCCUUUAUUUUUUCCUGCUCAUAGGAUCAUUUGUAUUAGUACACCAGAGUUCUUUCAAUCCGAAGGGGUCGAUGAGAGCAUGGGAAACGAAUAAGGAGUACAAUUUCCAGUUGGCCUGUGUACAUAUACACUUUUUGUAUAAUACAUAAUAUUCAAUUCAUUUG